CGCGGUUUAUUUUUUUGCCAAUACUGUAUCUUGUAUCGUUUCGGUUGUAGUCCUUUAUUUAAUUCAUCUCAAUAAAAGAGAUGGGAAGAUUGUCCCAUCUAUAUUAGGAAUGUAGCCUCGUGCGACAAUGAUGUGACAUGGGAUGUCCCGUUCGGGGAAAACAGAAAUAAGAAAACGAGGAGGAGGUUGUGAGCGACUUCUUGUGGAGGAGAGAUUGUGUGAUUUUCUUUGGAGAGCAAACAGUGGCGAAGGAAUUGAGCAACAGCAGCAACUGAAUUAUUUUAUUUUGUGAAGAAACUCCAACCUCAUCAUGGACUAUACCAGAACUAGACCCUUCCUCAUCAUCAGCUUUCUCCAAUGUCUUCUGGUAGUAGUCACCGCCCAGCCCCAACCCCAAUCACUGGGUCUUCGACGGGGUGGGGACCCGGCCUGGCGUGGUCGGCCCGGACGCUGCGUGUUAACGUUUCAGGAUAUCGAAGUGCAGCGUCAGGUUGAGUUGCUGACCGGGGAAAGGGCGGUUUGUUACGGCACCGUUACGGCGUCGGCUUGCGAAGGGGAGUGUAUGUCAUCCUCGCUCUCUACUCUUCAUAGUGCAACCGGUUUUAUCAAGAACUGCACCUGUUGUCGUGAGACCCAGAUGACGUCACAUACCGUAGUCUUGUCUCCGUGCUUCGAUGUGGACAGCGGCGAUUUGAUGGCGGGAGCGGAGUUUGUGGAAGAGUUCCAACAGCCGUCGGGUUGUGACUGUCAAACAUGUACUAUUUCAUAGAGGGCGGUUUCAUUAGCGGCUACAGCUACGGCUACGGCUAGAUUUCCUCGUCAUCGUGCAUUGAAGUAUAUGACACCCUUAGCAACACCCUUAGCAACAUUCGAAGCCGUAGCCACCAGUUUGGAUACGGCUUACGCCCGGACGCUGCUGCAUAAUGCAUUUGUGUCCGCCCGGCUACAUUUGCAUAUGCAGUUUGUGUCCGCCCCGUGCAAAACCGUCCUUGCAGUAAAUUAAACGCCCUUGCUCGACGAAACACGUUCGCCAUAUGAUUUUUUACAAGCUAUUGUACAUGAUGUUCAGCCGUUGGGUGAUCGCUGCAAUCAUAAAAUACGUGAAUAUUCAUACUGCAAAACAUGUAGGUAGGUUUAGUGCAUGCACGCUCGCUAACGCGCGCCCAUACAGUCAUGUACAUGUCCUCCGGACGGUUUUUGCAUAGCCCCGGACACGAUUGUAUAUGCAAAAGUGCCGGAGCGGACAGUAUUUUAUGGCGGACACAAUUGAAUCUGACACCUAUUAAGGCAUACAUUUUGAUCUUCACUAUACAACUUGCCCAAUUU